AUGUCUUCUUCCAACGCCAGCCAGCAGAGAGAUAGAAUAUCUACACAGCAAUACCAAUGUGAUCAAUGUGUCUUGUUUUUUGAUAACUAUCAGAAGCUGCAAAACCACAAGAGAAUUCACAGAGGAGAUUCAGCAACAAUGACUGAAAUUGACCAGUCUAUUCUGGAUGAUGUUGACAUGUACCAUGACGAAAAUGAUAUUAGUAAUGAAGAUGAAUCUGUUAGCAAUUCAGAAUAUACUAUGGAGUCUAUGGAGCUUGAUAAUACUAUUUCAUAUAAGUGCGCAUGUAAUUUUGAGGAUAGUGAGGGUGAAGCUCACAUUUAUGACAGCAGCCAAAUCAGUACAAAUACUUUUACUAAGGCCGAGUUGAUGAGUAUUCAUCUGUCUCAAUUGAUGCUACAGCAUAGAAUUGCUAGAGCAGCAUAUAGAGACAUUGUUCAAUUUAUAAACACUGUCAUCUGA